UUCAAGUCAUAUAAUCGGCAGUGGUCUUCUAAUAGGGGAUGGUCUUCUAUUAUGGGGGGCAGGGGGGGUUUACAUUUUCUAGAAGGUUAAUUAUUUUUUCCAGUGGAUAGUACAACCCGUAUGAAUUAGAAUAUGAAAGAAGUUUUAACAGUUUCUAGAAAGGAAAAACGCACGUAUAGUCGCGAAUGAGUGAGGUAUUUUUUCCAUUUUUUCAUUCUAGAGAUCGUGGAUGUUGUUAUUUUUAUGGGCAAAUAUCAGAUGUGACAAGCAUGUCACAAAGAAUUAAUUUAACAGCUUAUGCUAAUGAUAUUGAUAAUCAUAAUGUCACAUACAAUUUAUCCGCAUGGUUAGGUGGUUGGGCAGGACAAGAUGAUUCAGCUUAUGUAUCGUUUCAAUUCCUAUCGUCAUCUUUAUCUGUAUUGGGUACUAGUAAUCAAAUAGGUCCAGUGCUAGAUACUGAUCGGGGGCAUACAACGCAAUUAAUUUAUCGAUCAACACAUAAUCGAGAUUUUAAUAAAGUUCAUAAUAUAUCAGAGAUGCCAUCAAAAUUCGUGUCGAAUGAAAAGAAAAUUGAAUAUGCAAAUAUACUGAAGAAAAACGUUGAACUAUUUUUGUCACAUAAUGGAAAAGAACGUCUGUAUAUUCGAAUUCGAACUAUACCUUCUCGAAACUUCUUAUUUGCAUGA